CGCGGCCGCCGCUGUCACUCCGCGCCCCGGUGCCGCCCCGCCGCGGGGAGCGGGGCGGAGGGAGGCGGCCCGGCGGGAGCUGCCGAUCAAUGGGGAAGGCGGGCUGCGGGCUGCUGGGCGCUGACUUUAGAGCUUUUGAUCCGAUGCAAAUCCCAACGUGAUCCCUGACCAGCCCCUGCUGUUUGCACCCAGGGGAGAGGAACUGAGCCAUUGGGAAAGAGCCUUGUGCUGGUACUGCAAUGCUGGCUCCUGGCUUGACCACUGCGAGGAGUCAUCCUUUGAAGAAGAGGCUCUGCUUCCUGCUGAAGCUUGUGUGCUUGGUCAGCUCAGUGCUCCUAUUUUGUGAAAUUGUGAUUUAUUACCUGGUAAUUUUUCAAUGUCGAUGGCCAGAAGUGAAAGGUGGAGAUCACCGUGGGGAGAAGGAGACCUCAGCUUCAGUUCUAAAGGCCAUCGUUUUAGCUGAUACUCAUCUGCUUGGUGAAAUCAAAGGGCAUUGGCUGGAUAAGCUAAGAAGGGAAUGGCAGAUGGAGAGAUCUUUCCAAACUGCCUUGUGGUUACUGCAGCCAGAUAUUGUUUUUAUUCUGGGUGACGUCUUUGAUGAAGGAAAAUGGAGCUCACCUCAGGCCUGGGCAGAUGAUGUCAGGAGAUUUGAGAAGAUGUUUCAGUGUCCAGUCUCCACUGAGCUAGUGGUGGUUGUUGGGAACCAUGACAUUGGAUUUCAUUAUGAGAUGACUGCUUACAAGGUAAAUCGCUUUGAAAAGGUUUUCAACUUCACUUCAGGAAAGCUGAUAACUCGAAAAGGAAUAAACUUCAUCCUGGUGAAUAGCGUAGCCAUGGAGGGUGACGGCUGCGCUCUCUGCCGGGCCUCAGAGGCAAAGCUGGUGGCACUUUCUCACCAGCUGAAUUGCUCCCAGCAGAAACCAAAUCGCUCUGACAAGAGAUGCAGCAAUGUGGAAAAGCUUCCAUCUUCAGAACCCAUCCUUUUACAGCAUUACCCUCUCUAUCGGGAAAGUGAUGCUGAGUGCAGUGGAGAGGAUUCUGCUUCUCCAGAGGAGAAGAUGAUCCCAUUUAAAGAGAAGUACGAUGUGCUGUCUCAAGAAGCAUCACAAAAGCUGAUGUGGUGGUUUCGUCCCCGUCUGGUCCUCAGUGGGCACACGCACAGCGGCUGCGAGGUGCUGCACGCCGGGAGGAUCCCGGAGGUCAGCGUCCCCUCGUUCAGCUGGAGGAACAGAAACAACCCUGGCUUCGUCAUGGGCAGCAUAACACCAACUGACUUCUCCCUCCAAAAAUGUUUCCUUCCAUACGAGAGCAGAGUCUUGACUACAUACUGUGCAGCAGGUGCUCUGCUUGUCAUCCUGGUACUAGCUCAUUUUCAGCUUCUCACUCCACCAUUGUGUUUUGCUCAGCGUUUAAUCAGUAAGCAUAAAGCGGUAUGAAGAGCCAGACAUGUGCAUUCAGUCACUGCAAUACCAAAGCUGAGAACAGUCAAACAUCAGACUAUAGUCAUGCUAGCAAACGACCUAAUUUGAUUGCUAGGCUGAAGGCAGGUUGCAUUUACACAUACCAUAGAAGUCCUACACAGCUGCUAUGACUACUACAGGAUAAAUAAUUAACGGAAAGGAACAGGUCAUGCUGUACAAAAAUACUGUAUUCUGCAAUCAGUUGAGUCCUUUUCCUGCUAGAAUUUAUUUCUUUUUUGUAUCAAAUAGGUAUUUUAAAAGUGUAACUGUACAGUAUGUAAAUCCUUACAGCCUCAUCACUUGCCUGCACUGGUGUCUCACCCCUGGUGAAGGCUCAGUCCUGCAAACCGGAACUGUGUCUCUGUGUUAUUGCUGCGUGGCCCUUCUCCUGUCACACUGCUCUUUGUGAGGGUCAGGCAGAACCUAAGUGCCCCGGCACGGAGAGAGGUGGAUGCCUGUAACCUUUUUAGGCUGUUGCAUGUGAGGGACUGUGGUCUGAGACAAGAAAUCCUCCAGUUCCUGAAAUGUGACUGCAGCUGGCACCGGUCAUCAACAACAGGAAGAAGCUCAUGGAUCCGGUUUGCUGAUACACCCUUGAAACCUGCUUUAGGGAAAAUAAGUUAGGGUGACACCUCAAGCUGCUGUUUUUAAGAAGAUGAGCUUAAAAAAAAGAAACAAACCCAGGACCCUACUGCAUCCCAGAGAGCUGCGUGAGGAGGAGCUCUCCAGUUGCCAAUCUUCUGCAAGGAGGAAGGUCAAGUACAGCUGCAGUAACAUCAUCCUAGGCCUCGGUCUUCAGGUUAAGGCAGAUGGGGACAAGGAUGUCCUGUGGGCCACCAAGUGCUCUUGAUUCUUGGGUGAGUCAUGUUUUGUAUGGCCCUCAGCUCCUGUGUAGGGAGGUUGAGGUGGGCCACAGCCCCUGCCCGGAUGACAGCACAGGGGCUUCUGGCAAAUCAGAGCUCAAUGUCUUCAUGUGCUGUGUGGGAGGGAAGCUACUGCAGAGCCACUGCUGCUCCCCACCUGCCCCUGAAAAACCAGAGUGGGGGGAAUAUGUCAUGCCAGGACCAGUUUCCCUGCUGACAUUCCUGCAGAGGCUGGGAGCUUGAACCUCGAACUCCUGGGCUGGGGUUGGUUUUACAGAGGAGUUCAGCUCUACUUAUUCACUCUGCUGCUUUCUUUGGCGUGGGAAGGGAAACAACCUUUGCCUUUGGGAGUUUUAUUUGUUGUUAGCUUAUUCCACCCAGCCUCUUGCUGCCUGAGCACUCUGAUGAUGAAACUGAACAUACAAGUAUCAAAGUAGGCACAUUUCUCAGAUGAGGAAAUGGUAAGUUUGUAAUAGAUAUUGUUAGAUAAAGUGGUCUUUUCAUCAUCAGAUAGCAACAGAAAAAGCCUGCCUGCGUCACUUAGUGCCAUGGAUAGGGCUGGGUGCUAGGUUGGACUGGAUGAGCUUGGAGGUCUCUUCCAACCUGGUUGAUUCUAUGACUCUAGGGUUCUAAGUUUUCAAUUUGGGUUUGGGUUUCAUCCAAGAUGACUGAUUGGGGCUUGUAACUAAUCACACUGCUUUCAGUGACAAUCGAACCUGCUGAUUUAUAGGCCAGUGCAUGUGUGUGUGUGGGCUUCUGGUAGCUCUCAAUCUCUCCCUGACUUUAAAAAGAAGUGGUAAGUGUGGUAAAAGACUCCAUAAAGUAGUCUAACACUUUGCUAGGUUUCUGUUAUUGCAACUGUAAUUGUAGACAUUUGUACAGGUUAGUUUGGACACAGGAAAAGUUUAUAGUCACAGACAGAAAACACCUAGGUAGAAAAGAUAAAGGAGUGUUAAUAGUUCCUAGAAAGGACAUGCCUUAUUGCUACAGCAAUUCUCUUGCUUUUGAGAUAUUGUACUGUACCACAACUCAUCUGGAGAAUGUCAUUUUGCAUAAAUUAUUCAAGUCUGAGAAAUAGCCACACCUUGUUGGUUCUACAAGAGUUAAUAAUUAAAAGUAAAAGCCCCCAAUUUUCUAAUGUGUCUCUUUAUUAAAAGAGAAAUAAAAACGUCAUCUUGUAAUUCUCUCAGGCCAGACACAAGGGUUUUAUACACCUUAGUUGUUGUUGCUGCUGUGGUUGGUUUGUUUCUUCUUCUCGCUAGUUACUUGCACAAUGAAAGCCGCUGUCGGUACAGAGGUUGAAGAGCUCUAUCGAGUGGUGCUUCUACACAUUCACAAUCGGUCGGUGCAAUUGUGAAGGUCUAUGAAUGACCAAAGAAUUACCCAACAGAGAAAGGAAAACAGAAAGAACUCCUUGGUUCCCAUCAGGACACCACCAGGUUGCGGUUCGGACACUCGAAUUCCAACGGGUUAAAGCUGAGACUUCCAAAGAGAAAGGCAAGUUUGCUGCAACAUCCGGUGACUGGAAUACCUCACUUGGAAAGGUAAGUGGUUACUUUGCAUAAUUUAUCUUUUUUUUGUCCUUUGUUUUUAAAUACUAAAGAGCAUUUUUAUAUAAACCAGAAAAAAAAAAACCAAAACCAAACAAACAACCCAAACCAAAAACCAAACCCCUAAACUCUACAGAUAAAGUUCUUACCUCCAGUCACUGCUGCAGGUAAGGUUGACAUCAAGCUGUACAGCGCAAUCAAAAACAUACUUACAUCUUAGCUCAUUUUACAGGUACAGCCAUAAUCAAGGCACAAAGAUCUUCUACAAGGAAAGGGUUUUUUUUUUGUGUGUUGUGUUUUUUUUUUCUUCAAUAAAGUUGUACAAAAUAAUAUUACAUUUUACAGUCUGUACAAUAUCAUAAACCAGCGGUAAAACAAAACCAGAACAAAACUAUAUAUAUAUAUAUGUAUGUAUGCAUGUGUGUGUAUAUAUAUACAUAUAUAUAUAGAUAGAUAGAGAGGGAGAGGGAGCGUUGUCCAAGAAUGAUCUGAACUCCAAGGAUCAUUUGUGGACAGCACAAACAAACGUAAAAGUGAGGGCGCUCACUUGGCUGCCUAGGUGCAACAGGCUGAAAAGCAGCUGUAAUUCCGACGCCUGAGGUGCGCAGAGACGCUUUAGCUCCAAAACCCCAGCAAAAUUGCUUUUAGCUUCACUGUUCCUCUCAUCAUCAUCAUCACCAUCUACUCUACUUCCUGUGCCAGUCACGGCUUAAAAGAGGAGGUCACUUUAUCCGUUGGACCUGUAACUCAGAAACGCUAAAAACUGUGACAGAGUAAUAAAUAGUGUGGUGCUGCUA